AUGGACUCUAACUCAGCAGCUGGCAACGUCAUCAAUGAUGCCACCGCACCUUUGAUAUUAUUUCCCAUUUUUGUUGACAGUCCACCAGCUCAGUUGAUACCCAAUCUUGGAUCCUCUUCGCAACGAUGCCCAUCUCUUUGCUCAUCGGUUGCAUCUGUCGCAUCCUUGUCGCCGCCACAAACACCUGCAUUGUCACCCACUGCGAAGAGCCUUCCUAAAAUUGCUGUCUCAGAGGAGGUACUAGCUGGUACUGGUUCCGCCGCCAUACAAGAGAUCGUGGACCCUCGGCUCCUAUCACCGAUCUCCUUUCGUCUUUCUCGUGGUCUGCGAUCAGUUAGUGUCAUUCAAUCGCCAGAGCACCCUGAGCUGUUCGCUGAUUAUGAAAGCGGAGUCGAUCCUUUCGGCGUUAGUGCGGAUUCUUACUUUGUCGACAAGAUCCCACAUAUGAAGAUCAUGAAAGGAGUCGAUCGUUCACACCUCUACGACUUCAGCGUCUACACCAGCGGUACCACGACCCCUGGGCACGGUGACGAGACCGUGGACUGGUACCGUAUUUCCUCUAUGGGAGGUAAAGACUUCUACAACCUCGCGCUCAUCUUUCUUCCUCACGCAUCCUCCGCUAAAGCCCCGACUAGAGAAUAUGCCUCUGAAACAAUGUUUUGUGACGCAUCGUGCGACGGUCCUGAGACUCAUUUAUCGCCAUCGCUCAAACAAGGCGUGCCGCGUGAUGUGCAGAAAGGUAAAUCGUUCAUUCGGAGCCACAGUCGCCAGCAUCCAACACAUGCUUUUGAAGCUGUCAAAUAUCCCCUUAUACAAUCUUCUUCAUCGCCACGCGCAACAUCUCCGAUUCUCUCAACCAGGACGCCUGAGAUUCAGGAGAAACGGCAAUCACGACAGCUUGAAGAUAUCAUCUCGCUCCUGGACGCAACCGGAAUCAUCACUUCUGAGCCGCCUCCGGAUCCGCAUGACGCCUCAGGGUCCCUGAAGAAGCAAAUUUCCGCGAAGGGUCGAGAAUCGAUUAUGGGCCGACGGGAGUCAUCGUGUCAAAGUGCGGAAGGUGAUGGUUUCUUCAAGAUACCGGAGGCAGAUGUCUUUCGGCACGGAGAUGAAGAACCACAGCUCAAAUAUGCUAUCUAG